AGAUGUAUUCAUCACGCCUCAUUUUCAAACUUAUUCGGCUCUCAUAAAAGCAGUUGUUACCCUUGUCUUUGGUUAGUUGAGUUAACGCGUGUCGUUCAAAACUAACUGGGGUGUUCAGUGCGUAGACGGCUCCACAUAGCGGCAAUGCGUCCGAUUUGUGGCUUGCUGUUUUUCUCUCUACUUGAUUUCGUGAAUUUGAUCGCCGGCCAAUCUAAUGCCGUCGACGCAUCACCUUUCUUUUUCAAUUGCAAACAGUUUGACCGAUUGCCGGACAAUUGGGAUCCCAAUGAGUCUUCCAUGAAAAUCGCCCAGGUGGAGCUGGGUGGAAACCCACGUUCCUAUAUUGGUGGCCAAGUAUACAAAGUUACUGUCAGAUUACUCGAGGAUUUUGAUUCAGCAAUGAUCACGGGAGUCUAUUCUGCAACUCCAAGUGGCUCCAUCGUCAAACAAACUUCUCAGCGUCAACGAAAAAUGUGCACCAUUUUGCAUUCUUACGCAAAACGACGACCCACUGAUGAACGCCGAGUUGAUUUCCGUUGGAUGGCACCACCAGAAGACAUGGGCUGCAUUGAUUUCGUAGGGACAUUUACACGCCAAGAAACCAUUCUGUUAAAAGAUGAACGGAUUUUUCACCUAUGUCCACAAUACUCCGACGAUCUUGACGCCGAGAGCGUGACGCUAUCUGGCGUGAACCAGGAGGGAGGCGUUAUUUUCCGUGACGAUUUCGAAACCGGAUAUUUCACCCCAUCUCUUUGGACCGAAUCUAAAGGAUUUCAAGUUAGCAAUAGUUGUCAGCCGAUUUUUCAUGGAUUGUCGGCAACAGUGUGCAACAAGCCGGGAGAAUCUCCCGAUUCGAAUGCAGAAACUACCGAAUUUCACGUGUCUACUGUUGCGCUGAAUUUGACUAGCGCCGGAACUCUACAUUUCACCAUCGGACAAACGUCUUGCACUAUUGGCGAUCAAGACAUGACAGCCAGUAUGGGGUUGAAUACCAAAAUCACAAUCUUCUAUGGUCAGUUAGCUUCUCCUUAUGACACAGAGUGUUCUAACUGGAAACCGUUGCAAACCAUUGCCAGUUUACCCAAAACCAGAGAACUGGCUUCUUACGUUUUUCCUUUAUUGUCACCUGUUCGACAACCGGAGACAUGUUUGCGGUGGUCGGUUGAAAUAGUCGAAAACCAAACUGUUUGCUUUGGAGUAGAUGAUGUGAUCGUCACCAACACAGCCGAUCGACCGUCCGAAUUACACGCAGACUUUGAUCCCCUCAACACGGCCGACUGGCUGUCCUUACCUGGCGGAAAGAUCCACAGUGGCUGUAAAAAUAGCAAAGGUGGAGCGUUGGUGUUCAGUGCUAACCAGCAUGGCCCAAAUUGGGCAUCCACUCGAGAUUUACAGCUCAUUUCAAAUGAUAGCCCCAUAUCAUCUGACCAAAUCCUAUGGAGAGCUGACUUUGACGCUUUACUCCUGGACGAACAUUGGGAGUUUCAGAAUGCUCGGACUGAUGCCGGCUGUGAAAAUGAGAAAAGAAUUUUGAUUCUCCAGCAAUCGUCCAACAGCUCCGUUUUCUCGGUUUGCUCCCCACCGAUGAAUUUGUCUUUAGCUGGCAAUUUGCGCUUCCACCUAAAGCCCUUUAACUCGUGUGAAAUAAAGCAAACUAAAAAUACCAAAUCAACUGCCAAACCGGCGAAGCGUACUCCAUCUAAGCUGAACGUAUGGAUCGAGCGUUUCGACGGCAAUAGAAAGAAACUGGUCAUUCUGUCAGGACUUGUCCUUGACAAUGUGCCUGUUACGCCUUCAAUAUCGAUACCUAACGAAGCCCAAGAAAAAGACGCAAAGAUUUGCUGGCAACUGCUGGGUGAGCCAGCGUCUGAAAAGGAGUUAUCGCCUUGGUCCGUGGACGACAUUCAAUUGCUUCCAACGCUUCCGUCGCCCAUCCAACACAUCUUGCAAUUUCGUUUGAAUAUGGCAUGCGAUCUACCCGGCGGAAACACCUCCUCACUUAGUUAUAAUACCCGCCAGCUUGUUCAAGAAGAAAACAAUUUCCAUGUGCUAGUCCAGUAUUCAACCGACCAGGGAAGCAGCUGGAACAAUCUUCACAAUCUUUGUUUACCUCCAACGUGUACUGGUGCCCUAUCAGAUGUUAUCCAGACGACUUGGUCUAGCCAAGAGAUGGCAGCGCGUCCGUGGGAUCGCAUUACUCUUCCCGUUUCAUUUGCUUCGCUGGCCGAAUCCGUGCGCUUCCGCUUCAUCCAGAAGGGUCGCAGUACGUCUAAUCUCAAUGUAAAGCACUGGGCCGUCGAUGACAUCUACCUUGAAGAAUGCUCGAUGGGGUGUAGCGGUCAUGGAACGUGCAUAGAAAAAAGCCUUUGCUCUUGCGACGAUGGCUACCACGGUGAAUGGUGUCAGCAUCCAGUCCAGCAGCUUCCGCCAACUUUGCGAGAAAACUUUGAACACGAGACGAGCAUUUCUAAUUCAUUCGCUCGAUUUUCUGGACACAAGUUGAGUGCCCGAUGCGGACAAGUUGGAGCUGGACUAGCGGCAGUCUUCGAUCAACCUGGUAGUCGCCAAUUAAUGACCCUCGAUCUCGACACCACGGAGAGUUACAUUUUGCGAUUCGCUCUCAGAAUGAACGGGCCCGGAAGUCAACUACACCAGCACUGCCCAGGACCCGAUAGACUAGUCGAGACCAUCUACGUUCACUCCUCUUGCAACGGAGGCAUAACGUGGACUCUGCUCAAAUUUAUCGAGCCCUAUCAAACCAAAGAAGAAUCAACUCGUUUAAUCCGAAUUCAACUGACGCCGGAAGCUCAAGGGCCGAGCUGUCGGUUCAGAAUUUGGCAGGCUCAACAUUCCGGACCUGCAAAGGACGUUUGGGCUGUCGACGAUCUCUACGUCGGUCCUAAUUUGACUCAGACAUUGACCCGAAACAGCAGUUCCGACAUCAGUUUUCCGACUACGGCGGAUGCUUUCGUCGGCCGUCAUACGCCCGAAACGUUCUGCAAGAGGGACGGCGUCAUGGUUCUUCAAGCCGACGAAGGGGAAGAGACCUAUCCGGUUCGGAUUGAGCCAUUUUCCGUGAUCCAGCUAGAGCUGGCGGUUGGCUGCAGUUUAUCGACUCCGCUACUCAACAACAACAGCAUCGUGGUCCAGUUCUCUGUCGACGGCGGCAAGCACUGGAACGAUUUGGACGACAGCCGGCGACACGUAUCUUUCUUGCAGGAUUGGAGGAGGAUUGGAAUCAAACUUCCGCCAGCUUCGUGGUCGGAAGCCACUCGAUUUCGCAUCGCUCAGACUGGAAGCCGUCCCUCCGAUCGCAGCCCGCUGGGUGUCGACUAUUUUUACGCGGGGCCCGACGAAUGCCCUGAACUCUGUCGCGGCAACGGACGCUGCGCCCUGUCCGGAUGCGUUUGCGACGACGGGUUCAGCGGCGAGAGUUGUCUACCCGAUUCUCCGCUCACCACGCUCAAAGCCUCCGACCAGUCCUUAGCGCUGACGAUUGGCGGACGUGAUUAUCUGAUGGAUCACGAUGGAUGUCUGGUGCGCGGGACGCACAAUAUCAUGCUUGACGGGCUCGGCAUGCGUUAUUUGGAGACGAAGGAAAUCAGCUACUCACCGGGCAUCGUCGUCAUGUUCUUCCUACGGUUAGGAUUCUGCGAAUCGUCCCAAAUUGGGUCCCAUCACGACGUAUUUGUUCAGAUGGAAAUCUCUUGGAACGGGAUCGACUGGAAACUGCUCCGCGAGUACCGCAGCCCAUUUUUCUCGCAGCCUCAGUUUGAACAAAUUGAAAUCUUACCGUCCAAGAGCAUACGAUCCCAAACGCAUCCGCCGCCGUUUAAAAUCCGCUUCGUUCAAACUGGCAUCCACGGUAAGGAUCGAAACGUGUGGAGCGUGGCCGGAUUGGCCAGCUCGUCACAGGCGGAUGUGUUGACUGGGCCUGACAUUGGUAAACUGGAAUCACCAUUGAUUGACAACACGAACUUUUGGCUGGUGCGAAAUGAUCCGGAUCCCAAGUCGUCCUGUCUGGUCUUCGACUCGAGUUGUCUCAGCAAGAUCGCGUGGUACGGCGCCCUAACCCAAAAAUUAUUUCUCGACGUCGGGGAUACAAUUCAAUUCGACGUUGUCGUCCAGCCCGUCGAUUCGACCACUUUUCCCGACACUGCCGAACAAAUUCUUCUGGAGUACUCGGCCGACGGUGGAGUGGAUUGGCAGUUGGUUCAACCGGAAUGCCUUCACACCUGGUCGAACUGCCUUGGGUUUUACGAGUCUAGCCGAUUAGAUUAUCGUAGUUUCACAUCAUCGGAGGAUGCCAAUGAAAAUCGAUUUCAUUUCCGCACUAGCGAAGCCAUGGCCAACAAGCCGAUCCUUCUUCGUUGGUUGCACCACCGACUCGGAGAUCAACAACACCAUCCACUUCGUGGAUUCCAAAUACAGAACUUGUACAUCGGAAAUCCAUGUCCGUCCUCGUGUUCUGGACACGGCAGAUGUUGGAAUUCGGUGUGCUCCUGUGAGGCUGGCUAUUCGGGUGAUGGCUGUUCGGAGACGGAAGAGACUAAAAUAGCCGGUUUCUACGACACUUUCGUUUACAAGGAACACACGAAUGCGUCACCAAAAUUGCGUCCCCAUUGGGGUCGCAUCGUCGGCGGGAAAUUGAUGCCGAAUUACUGCGAUGGCUCGACAGAUGGAGUUGUUUUCUUCGCAAGUCGGGGGCCGCGCUCUUUACAAACUUUGGAAAUUGAUACCAGAAACUUGAGAAUGGUGCAGUUCACUUUGGCUGUCACUAGCGUCUCCAUUUACAAGCAAAACUGUCGCCUGGCUGCCAAACGUAAAUCUUUGUCGGUAGAGAUACCCGCUGCCAGUCUUUUAGUUCUUGACUACAGUAACGACAACGGACUAACCUGGAACCCCCUGGAAACCUGGCCCUUGAAUUCGGAAAUCGAUGAGAAGAGGAUAGGGUUCAGUUUGCCAGAUUCCGCUAGAACGGCAAGAACCAAAAUUCGAUGGUGGCAACUCACCUACCCGAACGCCAAUAACCGAGACGGUCUGCAGUGGUACCUGGAUGACGUACUCGUCAAUUUGAACAUGACCAACCCAGUCGUUUUCGAAUAUGAGAAUCAGUCGGAUGAACCUGUCCAAGAACAUCAGUCCAGCGACACCACUGAUGGUAGUGUGAAGGAUGGCACUAUCACGGAUUGGAUGGGUUGGCAAGGCUUGGUAUUUCAUGAGCCGCUCGAUCCCGUCGACACUUUGCUAGGACCGGCUGAUUUAGAGGACGGAUCUUCCUUGUCGUAUGCGGAAACAUGGGACAUGGAAAUCACCGAUCCUACCUUCGCUCAGUUUCAGCUGAUAUUACCAGAAGAGCACACCUUGAGGAAUGUAGAGGUCCGAUUUGAAUAUUCCACGGACAUGGGUCGUCAUUGGAGCCUGGUCGAACUGGAAUGCUACAUGUUGCACCAACUGAGCCAACAGUGUGAAUACCUCCAUCCGCCCAGUCGAUAUUUUUUAAAUGUGCAGAACAACGCAUCUCGAAUCACCGUCCACUUACCACGGCGUUCCAUAACUGAAUCGACGCGUUUCCGAUGGAUCAGCGAAAAUGGACAGGAUCGUGGGCCGACCGUGUGGGGUGUUGGACGUGUCUACAUUGGCGGCACAUGUCCGUGGAUGUGUUCUGGUCAUGGAACGUGCAAAAACGGACAAUGCAGUUGUGAUGCCGGAUAUGGUAACUUGGAUUGUGUUCCAAUCGAACCUCUUCCUCGGAGACUUACGAGCCAUUUUGACGGGGAUUCCAAUUUGGUACGCAUUUCUGGUGGAGGCAUUUCAACUGGAUGCGGAGUGUUGAUGUCUGGUCCGGCCGCUAUUUUUCAUAAGGACGGACUGCGCUACUUUGAGUCAAUAGAUUUGGACUUGACAGCAGCAUCUUAUGCUCAAAUGUCUAUCAAGUUUAACUGCUGGGCGGAAUUGGAAAGUUACGCCAAUUCACUGGAACCCUCACACCAACGACUUUUAUUACAGCAUUCAGUUAACGGUGGAAUUACUUGGAUUCUUAUCCAAGAAGUCAAAGUUCAUCCGCAACAAGACCCACAACUCCUGAUUAUCAAUUUGAUGCGUAUUCCGGAUUUAACCAACUGUACACGCCUGCGAUUGUGGCAACCCGUUCACGCUGGAGAAGGCUGGGAUACAUGGGCUAUUGACGGUUUGGUUCUGCACAGCACAACUCCAUUGGGUGCAAUCAUGACGAGCAAUUUCCAGAAUCCUAGCAACGACAGUUCUACAUGGCUGACUUGGUUUGGUGGUCAGGUUCAGUCGUUUUGUUCCAGAGAUGACGCCCUUGUUUUCCAUGGGGAAUUAGGAGAGCAGCAAGUCUUCACGGGCGAUGCCAUGAUUGCACCAGAAUCCGUCCUUCAAUUUGAGGUAAAUGUCGGGUGUGGAACAGCUGACCCAAAUCUAGAAUAUCCUAUUCGUUUGGAAUAUUCCAACGACGGUGGUCAAGAUUGGCACCUUGUGGUAAAUGAUAACGAGUCAAGUCGGAAUCCUUACGACCGGAUGCCACAUCAAAUGCCCACUGUCUAUUCUUCCAAAACGACAAAUGCAUGGAAAAGGGAAACCGUUAUGCUUUCGCAGUUGGAAACGAGCAAGGCGAUACGAUUUAGAUGGUAUCAGGGAUACUUGAAUGGAACUUACGGACAUUUAACUCCCCAAUGGGCUAUACGCAACGUUAUUCUGAGUCCGCAAUGUCCAGAACUAUGUAACGGGCAUGGCAGGUGCACGGAAGAAGGAUCUUGUGAAUGUGAUGGCGGAUAUCAGGGCGAUGCCUGUGAGACGGUGACACAUUCGACUCUCAAUCCUCAUGACUUUCACGAAUCGUUUAUCACUGCCGAAGAUCCGCUAGAAAAUUUUAAUUGGAUUCGGCGAAUAGGAGGUGAAGUCAGAGAUCAAUCAUCAAGAAAUAUCGGUAUUGGAGGAGCCUUCGUCAUGGACCGUGUAGGAGUCAGAAUGUUAGAAACACGCGACCUUGAUCUGUCUAAUGCGAAUUUCGUCCAAUUUCAUCUCGACUCGUCCGAAUCAAUACCUUCGGAAGAUGAAACUUUCGUGAUCCUCGAUUAUUCUAUUAAUGGUGGAAUCGAAUGGACUACCUUCGAAGUUUUCCCACUUGAUGGCUUAUCAAUUCAACAGCUUCACCAAGUGCCUCUUCCUAGCCGAGCGCUUAGCUUAGCCACCCGGUUGAAAUGGUCUCAAUUGGGAGGACGGAACGGAAACUAUCACACCACCUGGGCUAUUGACGAGAUUUUUAUCGGAGGAGAAUAUUAUGCCAAGAGCUCCUUAGAAGAUGACUUUACAUCGAUUGAAACGACUAGAAGCAAUUGGCUUUUUUUCUCUGGAGGAACACUGGAACCGUCUUGUGGCUCAUCUAAUUCAACUCUUCAUUUCCCCAAUCCCAAUGGCAAAAGUAUGGCUAUGACAAAAGACAUCAAAGUAGUUGAUCACAUGUAUUUCCAAUACGCGACAUCCUCAGGAUGUGAUCAUCCCAAUGCAUGCAAUCGAGUGCGGCUGGAAUAUUCCGAUAAUUAUGGACUUGUUUGGCGAAAUCUCCCAGAUGAAUGUCUGCCGGGAGAAGAAGUCGAUUGCAAUGCUUUUGAAUACCACACGGAACUCUUGUCGCGUGCCACAGGAUAUCGACGUUCCAUUACUGUACCAAUCCCAGUAAAUAAAGGCGUAAUCCGUUUCCGAUGGAUAAGUGACGAUGAAUCAGUUGACUGGACACUGCAUUGGGUUUAUAUCGGAGCUGCAUGUGGGCACUGUAACGGACGAGGUCGCUGCUGGGAAGGAUCCUGCCAGUGUCAUCGCAAUUGGACUGGAGAGAGCUGUGAAAUAUCGUCUACCAAGCUUUUUUCAAGUGUACGGGAAACAUUCAACAACAGUUGGAAUUCAAGCAUACUGUGGUCGAGGAUCAACGGCGGGUCUAUAUCGUCUCUUUGUGGAAAUCUGGACUCCGGUCCAGCUUUGCAUUUUCACGAGGCUUGUGACCGAUACGCCGAAACCCUUGAACUGGAUCUACGCGAAGUCAUAGUGGUACAAUUUCACUUGAGAUCUGCCUGUGGAAAAGUGCAGAGUAGCCCAAACCACGGAGUACUACUGUUCCAAUUUUCGUUGAACGGAGGUGUUAAAUGGCAGCCUGGUUUGACCAUCUCUCUCAGUCAAUUUCAAGAUUCAAAGCUCGUCAGUUUUUUUGUGCCCGAUGAAGCUCAAACGAAUGCAGUGAAGUUACGUUGGUGGCAACUGGGACCAGCAGGACGGAUGACAGAAGACUGGGCAAUCGAUAGCUUUAUCAUCGACCGUCCUUUGAAUAUCUCGUUGACUGCGUUAGAAAUUCUUAAACAAAGAAACAUUCCUUCACGCGAUCUUGAUCCGGACUAUCAAGCAGAAGAGCCUGAGGGGCCAGUAAAUCCUACACAUAUGAGGCAAUCACUGGACGGUCAUUUCGGACAAAAAUUGUGGUGGAGAAAGAUCAAUGUUGAACAACAGGAUUCCUUUUGUGGUCAGCGAGGACAUAUCAUGCGUGGUAGAUCCAAUGCAGUGGAAGAAUCAAUUCUGGAAACUUCAGACUUUUGGGUUGUGAGCGCUAAAGGUCACAUAUUAUCAUUUGAUUUGAUUGUCGGUGAUUGCGGCCAUGGAUCUGAUUCCGUAGAGCUGUCUAAUACUCCACUUAAAUUUCCCGUUCGAUUUGAAGUUUCAUAUGAUCACGGCAUCACAUGGAAGUUAUUUCAUCCCCUAAAAGUGCGAGGUGAAAAAGGCCAGGGUCCUCAAAUACCAAGCGUUUUCCCGAAACUUGAUAAAUGGCAGACUUACCAAUACUCACUUGAACUUAUAUCCGGAGCAAGAUUUGCUCGAUUUCGUUGGAGGCAUCCGAAAUCUUCUGUCUCUGUUUCAUGGGCAAUUAAUGAUUUCGAUAUGGGAGCCGACAUUAAGAAUCCAGUUUUUGUUGGAUUGCAAACAUUAUCUGAUGACUUCAAUAAUGGGACGACAGUAAAACCGCAUUGGAGAUUUUUCAGUGGUGGAAAAAUUGUCCAUCCUAAUGAACGACUCGGUGAUGGGACGGCAGGAUUAUUUCAAGGGCCUGGGAUAAAACUACUGCAAACUGUGGCGCUUGAUUUGACUUUUGGUCGAAACGUUGAGUUUAUUCUUAACUUUCAGUUGAACAAAGGACGAAGAGACAAUGAAGAUAUGACACAAAACGUAUUUUUACAGUGUUCACCUGAUAAUGGUUUCAAAUGGAUUCUAAUUCAAGACUACUUUCCUCAACAUUACAUAAACCCCGCGUCAGUUCAUGCGGUUAUUCCGGAAGACUGUCAAAAUUCUCAUUCUAUUUUGCGGUGGUGGCAACCUGUUGGGACUGAGGCUGAAACGAUUAAAAAAUCCCCAAUGUGGCUUAUCGAUAAUAUUGCCAUCGAAUAUUCCAGAGAACAAUUGACUGAAAUCUAUGAUACAUUCGGUACUGAACUACUAAAUCAAACCCAGUGGCAAUUUCAUCCGAAUGGCGUCAUUUCAAAUAAUAUUUGUGGCACACCUGAAGUGGAAAGUUCAUUGAAUUUCAUAUCCAGUGAAAAUAAUCGGAUUGCAGGAAUCACAAGUAGACAUGUCCAUGUUAAAGAAAAUUACGCAGUCUACUUUAAGAUCAGAACCUCUUGCGGACUAAUACCUUGCCAUGCUAACAACAAUCGAAGUCAAAUAAGAUUUGAAAUGAGACAAGGAUACGAACAACCUUAUUGGUCCUUGGCGAAACCCAAUUGUUUUCCUAGUUCAACUAAUUCGCUAUGUGAUCCUCAAAUGUAUCACAGUUCUACUGCUUAUACGUUUGAUAAUUUUCCAACGUGGCAACGGGUCAUCGUUCCAUUGAAAUCGAUACCGUUUUCCAAUACGUGGCAAUUCCGUUGGAUAACCCAAAAAAAAGGUAUAGGAAGAGGAGAGAAAAACACGUGGGCUAUUAAAGAUGUUUAUAUUGGGCGAAUGUGUCCGUCUCAUUGUCACGGCCAUGGAGACUGUUUUCGUGGACGAUGCUUAUGCGACAAUGGUUAUGAAGGCUUUAGCUGCGCGAGCUCAAAUACGGUGCUCUCCGUUUCUUUAUUACCUGUAAUGGAUCACUUCGACGAUAUCGUCAAUCCACCGAAUUUGUGGGAAAGCAUCAACGGAGGGAGUAUUAAAAUUGGUUGCGGAUCUCUUAUUCCUCUUGCUCACGGAAAUCAUCUACAUUUCGAUGGAUGUGGAACAAGGAUGGCUUCUACUGUACCAAUGGACGUCGGUAUCGUAAGGCGUGUAGCUUUCGUAAUCCGCAUAGGAACCCCACAACAGAUCCCUUCGUGUAGGAUUCAACCUUCAAACAGAUCAGAUAUUUUUGAUCGAACCGUACUUCUUCAAUACAGUUACAAUGGUGUAGAUUGGCUUUUACUUGCUUCUCACGGAAUACGCAAUUUCAUCCAGCCUCAAAGAAUGAUUUAUAAUGUUCCCAUGCAAAUGAAUUCUUCGACUAUCCAAUUUCGAUGGUGGCAACCACAACACGGGGGAUCUAACUGGGACCAAUGGGCGCUAGAUAACGUGGAAAUUCUGAUUUAAAUUCAGUGAAAAUUUUUACCCAACAAGUUGUUCUAAAGAUUAGCAUUCUCAUAAUAAAUUGGCUUAAUACAUCGUUUAUUGUUGCUCCUGAAAUGACCAUCACGCGUAAAAAUAAAUUAAACAAAUUUGACAAUGUUCAA